AUGGACGACCUAGCGCCUGCGCUGGAAAAGCUCCGCCUUGCGGAUGCACCUUCGGGAGGCAUUGAUGCCAUCCUCGACCAGCAGCGCCCAAGACAGCGCACAAGAAGAUCGCCUGACCGCAUCCGCUCGAGCUUGGAAAAGGACUUUCUGGCCCCCUCCACUUCCUUCAGCACACCAUGGCUCGAUCGUCUGCAACAGCGCUGGGAUUGUCCUACAAAUCACGAGGAGCUCUUUGAACUGGCUCCUACUCAAACACGCACCAUCAUCCGUUUCACCCGUGAAGGUCUUGAAGGUCGUGUCACUGGUUACAAGGAGGUCACUGUCCCAGCAAACAGUGCCACAGCAAAGAACUCAACUUCCAUCCUGAGAAAGCCUGCAAAUCGUGCUGAUUUUGUGCGCGGUGCCGCCGGUUUCUUCCCUUUCGCUCCUGGAGGUCUAGAUGCUGUCGAGGCCACUGCCGCUGCUGAGGAACAGCUUCUACUCGGGAACCAAGCCAACGGUACUGUCAAGCAAAGCGGUCUGGACAAAGUCAUCAACUUCGGACCUGAUGGUGCACUACUUGAGCUACCUCCUGGGUUCACUCGUGGACUGGAUCUGCAGAGAAAAGCCCCCGCUGAUCAGGCCACUGCCCAGGAGGUCGAGAACGUACUGGAAGAGGAGCCCAAGGACCCUGCCACCACUAAUGGACAUCUUGCAGACGAAGCUAAGCCUGCCGAAGAGGAUGAAGACGAAGAAGAGGAGGAAGAGUUGGACGCACUUCUUCCCGUCGAAUUCCCCGCAUUGGCUGCUAGGGGCCAGCUGGGUCUGUCAAGUAACAAGAGAUCUGGUUACGAGUGGGCUCACAUGGUUGAUGUCAAUCGGCCAAUGCCUAAUUUCCGAGACUUGGUUCCAGAAAUGGCUCGUGAGUGGCCAUUUGAACCUGACACUUUCCAGAAAGAAGCUAUCUACCAUUUGGAGAACGGCGACUCUGUUUUCGUGGCUGCCCAUACAUCUGCCGGAAAGACUGUUGUUGCUGAGUAUGCAAUUGCACUGGCAGCUAAACAUAUGACCAAGGCCAUCUACACUUCACCCAUCAAGGCAUUGAGUAACCAGAAGUUCAGAGAUUUCCGUCAAGAAUUUGACGACGUUGGUAUCUUGACUGGUGACGUCCAAAUCCGUCCUGAGGCAAGCUGUUUGAUCAUGACGACCGAGAUUCUGCGAAGUAUGCUCUACCGAGGAGCGGAUAUCAUCCGCGACGUCGAAUUCGUCAUCUUCGACGAGGUACAUUAUGUCAACGAUCUGGAGAGAGGCGUCGUCUGGGAAGAGGUCAUCAUUAUGUUGCCUGAGCACGUCACUCUGAUCCUGCUCUCUGCCACUGUGCCCAACACCCUUGAAUUCGCAUCUUGGGUUGGUCGAACCAAGAAGAAGAACAUCUACGUCAUCUCCACACCUAAGCGCCCAGUUCCGCUGGAACACUAUCUCUGGGCAGGCAAAGAGAUGUACAAGAUUGUCAACGCUGACAAGCAGUUCAUCGAAAAAGGCUGGAAGGAUGCGAAUGAUGUUCUGUCUGGCAAGGACAAGAUCAAGGCAGCUGAGGAGAAGCAAGAGGCCGCAGCCGCCGCUGCUAGAGGCGGUGGUUCGCAGAGAGGCGGCCGUGGCCAGACACAACGCGGCGGUCCACAGAGAGGCGGUGCCCAGCGCGGCGGAGCGCAACAACGUGGUCGUGGAGGCGCACCUGCCCCUCGUGGUCAAGGUAAUAUUGCGCGUACCGGUCGUGGAGGUGGCAGAACGACAGCAGCUCAAGAUCGCAACAUCUGGGUGCAUUUGAUUCAGCACCUGCGCAAGGAAGAUCUGCUACCUGCUUGUAUCUUCGUCUUUUCAAAGAAGAGGUGUGAAGAGAACGCAGAUGCCCUGUCGAAUCUGGAUUACUGCACAGCGAGCGAGAAGAGCGCGAUUCACAUGAUCUUGGAAAAGUCACUGGCCAGACUGAAGCCGGAGGAUCGCCAAUUGCCUCAAAUUCGUCGCCUGCGCGAGCUGCUCAGCAGAGGCAUUGCCGUUCAUCACGGAGGCAUGUUGCCCAUCGUCAAGGAGUGUGUCGAGAUUCUGUUCGCCAAAACCCUGGUCAAGAUCUUGUUUGCUACCGAGACAUUCGCUAUGGGACUGAACUUGCCGACCAGAACAGUCGUCUUCUCAGGAUACCGAAAGCAUGACGGCCGCCAGUUCCGCGAUCUCUUGCCUGGAGAGUAUACUCAAAUGGCUGGUAGAGCAGGAAGAAGAGGUCUGGAUCCCGUCGGUUCGGUCAUCAUCGUGGCUCCCGGCGCCGAUGAAGCGCCCCCAGCCGGUCGACUGAGGCAGAUGAUGUUGGGCGACCCCACCAAACUUCGAUCGCAGUUUAGGCUCACCUACAACAUGAUCCUGAACCUUCUACGUGUUGAAGCUCUCAAGAUCGAAGAGAUGAUCAAGCGCAGUUUCAGUGAGAACGCGACUCAGGCACUCUUGCCCGAGCACGAACAAAAAGUCAAGCUGUCAGAGGCAGAUCUCGCCAAGAUCAAGAGAGAGCCUUGCGAUAUCUGCGACAAGGAUCUGGAAGAAUGCCACACUGCAGCCAUGAGAUACCAGCAACUUACAUCGGAUUUGCAUCUUGCUCUCCUUGGCUCGCCCAUUGGCAGAAGAAUGCUACAACCGAAGAGAUUGGUUGUGUACAAGAGAGAUGGUAUCAGAACUGUCGGCGUUCUGCUACGCGAGGGUGUGUCCAAGGGCAUAUCACCCAGUCUGUCGGUCAUGGAAGUCGCUCCUGCGAAAUCGAAGAGACAGAACGCUGACUUGCUACCUUAUCUCCCUCGUUACCGACGUCGUUUCACUCCUCAGCCUGCAAGUCCUGAGCAGAUGAAGCUCAGACUUGCAACCGUCCCGUACAGUGAGCUUGAAUGCUUGACUGGAAGCACUUUGCAAUUUGACGUUACUGGCGCUUCAAGUAAGAUGCCAGAAGCUAUGGAGCAACUGAAAGAGCAGCUAUUGGGCGCGUGUUCUAGCUGGACAUCAGCCACCUGGCAGGAAGCCGACUACUCUAGAAUCAAGGAAAUCGGUAUCCGUAACAUCCUGGAUGAGCGCAGUAAGGCAGCAUACGACGCUCAGGAGAACAAAGAGAGCAUUCUUUGCGAAAACCUGGACAAGCACUUUGCUAUGAUGCAUGAUGAAUGGCUCAUCAAGGAGAACAUCAACCAGUUGCAGGCCUUGAUGUCAGACCAGAACUUGCAGUUGUUGCCAGAUUACGAGCAACGUAUUGCAGUCCUCAAGGAUCUUGGCUUUGUCGAUGAGAACUCUCGUGUCGAAUUGAAGGGCAAGGUCGCAUGCGAGAUUCACUCUGCUGAUGAACUUGUACUGACCGAGUUGGUUCUUGAGAACGUGCUCGCCGACUACGAACCAGAGGAGAUUGUAGCACUACUCUCUGCCUUUGUGUUCCAAGAGAAGACUGACCAAAUCCCUACCAUGACACCAGCAUUGGAGCGUGGUCAAGAGACGAUCAUCAAGAUUUCGGAGAAGGUUAACCACUACCAGACACUUCACCAAGUCAUCCUCUCGGCAGACGACUCCAACGACUUUGUGAGCAGGCCUAGAUUCGGACUGGUCGAGGUUAUCUACGAAUGGGCACGUGGUAUGUCAUUCAACCGCAUCACCGACUUGACAGAUGUGAUGGAGGGUACCAUCGUGCGCGUGAUUACGCGCCUGGAUGAGACUUGCAGAGAGGUCAAGAAUGCGGCAAGAAUUAUUGGUGACCCUACACUGUUCACCAAGAUGCAGACCUGCCAGGAGAUGAUCAAACGCGACAUCUGUGCUACUGCAUCGCUGUACAUGUAG